CAUAAAAGAGAGCUUUGAUUUUGGACUGAAAACACUAAAAAAAUGCUCUCAACAUUCAUCGGCCACCUUAAAACCCAACCAUUAGGGUUUGUUCUUGUCUGCUUUCUUGGAUUUCUCAAACUCCUCAGCUUCUCUCUAAAUCUUCUCAAAUGGUUCUACAAAUCAUUUCUCAGAAAACCAAAAAACCUCAAACAAAGCUACGGAUCAUGGGCGCUAAUUACAGGCGCAACAGACGGUAUAGGCAAAGCAUUUGCAUACGAACUAGCCAAACAAGGCCUUAACCUAAUACUAGUAAGCAGAAACAUCAAGAAACUCAAGACAGUCUCAAAAGAGAUUCAAGAAAAUUUCCAAACCACAAAGAUCAAGAUUCUGAGUCUUGAUUUUUCAAGCGAAGAUCAGUUGCGUAAAGUUCAAGAAAUGAUUGAGGAGGCUACGAAAGGCGUUGAUGUUGGUGUUUUGAUUAAUAAUGUCGGGAUUACGUACCCGGAAGCGAGGUUUUUCGAUGAGGUGGAUGAGGAGAUUUGGAUGAGUAUUGUUAGGGUGAAUUUGGAAGGGACGAGUAGGGUUACGAGAACGGUUGUGGGAGGAAUGAUCGAACGGAAAAAAGGCGCCAUUGUGAAUAUUGGAUCAGGAGCUUCCAUUGUUGUACCUUCUCAUCCUCUCUACACUAUUUAUGCUGCUACCAAAGCAUAUAUCGAUCAACUAUCAAGAUGUUUGUAUGUGGAAUACAAAAGCUGUGGGAUUGAUGUACAAUGCCAGGUGCCGCUAUACGUUGUUACGAACAUGACAUCAAGAGUAGCAUCGAUAGAAAGAUCGUCCUUGUUUAUAGCAUCACCUCAAGAUUAUGCAAAAGCUGCAAUUCAUCACAUAGGCUAUGAACCAAGGUGCACUCCUUACUGGCCUCAUUCUCUUCAAUGGUUCUUCGCCCGUCUUCUUCCCGAGUCUCUUCUUGAUUCGUGGCGUCUCUCCAUCGGCCUCGCCCGAAGAAAUUCCACCAUUUAGAAAUUAGAAUUAGAAAAAAAAAAAUCAUUUGGCUUGCCCUAGCUAGCUAGAUGCUUUGUUUGUGCUUUGCAUCAUGUAUUAUGUUAUGUACAUAUAUUUGAAAGCCUAAGUUAAACCUACGAAUAUCAAGCUGAAGCUGAACUAAAUAUAUUUGAGCUAUUUAAAUAAACAUUAAAUUAUUGUA